AUGAAAUUAAUAUCAAAUUUAUUUAUUAUUUAUCUAUUUGUAAUCUUUAAAGUUUCAAGUCAAACCAUAGUAAGAUUCAAAGAAAAUAUCAAUUGUCUUGAAACAAAUGGAGGAUGUAGUUGGACCAAUGCAAGCAAUUGGGAAGGAGGAUAUGCACCAGACCCCAAUGAUAUUGUCAUUAUCGACUUUUCAAACAAUGAAUUUGAAGGUCCACAAUUAAUCUCUUCAGACGUUGACUCGCCCACAUUCUACCUAUACCAACUCAACAUGACCUGUGCAUUUGGUCAGACCAACGGACUCACCCUAGCCCUCUACAACCAAGACAUUCAAUUUACCAAUGUUGUAUCACUCAUCCAAGGAGCUUCCAUUCAUUUCAAACAAAACACAGUCGUUCGUUUUUUGGAUGAUCUCUCUGUCGAUGGAAGAUUACAAGCCGAUCAAAAUGUCUCCAUCUCUUUGUUUAAUCUAGAUUCAACCUAUAGAUCUACCUUUUACUUGGGUUGGGAUACAUCUCUGACUGCAGCUGGUUAUGUCAAUUUGGCAGGUAACUUUAAAGCCUCUGGAAGUACCAUUUCAUUUGGUUCUGGUAUUGUUUUCUUGUCUGGUGCCGUUGUUUUUACUGGUGGCAACUUUGUGGCCAAUGGAACCAUCAAUAUCGAGCAAGGAUCAACCGUCGAAGUGGAAGGAGACUUUAGCGUACCAGUUGGUUUGGUUAGUCUCUUGUCUGGAUCCCAACUAUUGAUUGAAGGAAGCGUCCUAGUUGAUAGAAUGGAGAUUGAAACCUUGUCAACGUUUGAUGCAACUGCCGAUUCUAGACCCAUCAUGGUAUUCAAUAGUAUAGAGUCUGCUCCAGGUUCAAGUAUCUACAUUUCAGAGUAUCGUUUGAUCAAUGCCAAAUCAUGUGACAUUCAAGGAGCCAUCAACAUUUUUGGUUCAUCUGCCAUAUUCUCUCAAGGUAGAAUAUCGGAUCUGACAGUUACCAAUCCAGUCAGCUACGUAGUCCUAACAUCGAUAUCACUCGAUUCAUUCUCUGCCAACAAGACCUAUGCCACCAAAGACCUCUAUACCCUAUUCAUCGAGGGUAGCUCCAGACUUGGCGCCAUCAAUGCAACCAAUGGUAUCAUUCAAGUCAAUAGUGCCAGUCUAGACUUGUACAAUGCCGAAAUCAUUGCAACUUCAAUCUCUAUUGGUGCAGGUACCAAUGUCUCCCUUGGCAAUACCUAUAUUGAAUCCAAUGAUAUUUCAUUUUCAGGUGCAUCCAUUCUCCUAACCCAAGAUUCAACAUUGGUCGGUACAGUUGAUAUUUCCACCUCUCUCCUAAGUAUUGGUACUAGUAAUCAAUUAGAGGUUCGUGGUGAUUUACUUUUUGGUCCACAAUCCAUUGUAGAUAUUGUCGUAACAGCUCCCAAUACCAAUCCAUCACUCUCUUCCAUCAAUGUUCAAGGCAACUUUGAAUUUACUGGUACUAGUUUUAAUAUUCAAAGUUUAUCUGCUGUCAGUAGAUUACAAACUAUCAAUUAUGCCAUUCAAGCUACUGGUGAUAUCUCUAUUGACCCUACCAUCUGUACUUUUAAACCAACAGAUAGUGAUUAUAAAUCUUAUUUCUCUUUAAAAUCAAUUCAACUUUUAAAUUAUUUAACUUAUACUUUAAAAUAA